AGCAGGCUGCGCGCUCGGCGCCGACGGGUGCGCGCCGCGGCUUGGGGGAGAGUUGAGCGCUUUUCCCCCCUCUUUUUUUUUUUUUUUCUUUUUUUUUUCUCGUCUUCUUCUUAAACAAACCACAAACGGAUGUGAGGGAAGGAAGGUGUUUCUUUUACUCCUGAGUCCAGACACCUCUCUCUGUUCCGUGUAAGCUUGUUUUGCCGAGCACUUUUUUAAAAAAGGAAAAGAAAAGGAGUUGCUUGAUGUGAGAGUGAAAUGGACGUAAGAUUUUAUCCACCUCCAGCCCAGCCCGCCGCUGCGCCCGACGCUCCCUGUCUGGGACCUUCUCCCUGCCUGGACCCCUACUAUUGCAACAAGUUUGACGGUGAGAACAUGUAUAUGAGCAUGACAGAGCCGAGCCAGGACUAUGUGCCAGCCAGCCAGUCCUACCCUGGUCCAAGCCUGGAAAGUGAAGACUUUAACAUUCCACCCAUCACUCCUCCUUCCCUCCCUGACCACUCGCUGGUGCAUCUGAAUGAAGUCGAACCUGGUUACCACUCUCUCUGUCACCCAAUGAACCAUAAUGGCCUGCUACCAUUUCAUCCGCAAAAUAUGGACCUACCUGAAAUCACCAUCUCCAACAUGCUGGGCCAGGAUGGAGCACUGCUUACCAACUCCAUUUCUGUGAUGCAAGAUAUACGGAACCCAGAAGGAGCUCAGUAUAGCUCCCAUCCUCAGAUGGCAGCCAUGCGACCAAGGGGUCAGCCUGCAGACAUCAGGCAGCAGCCGGGAAUGCUGCAGCAUGGCCAGCUGACCACCAUCAACCAGUCACAGCUAAGUGCUCAACUUGGAUUGAAUAUGGGGGGAAGCAGUGUCCCCCACAACUCACCAUCUCCACCCGGAAGCAAGUCUGCAACCCCUUCACCAUCCAGUUCAGUGCAUGAAGAUGAAGGCGAUGAUACCUCUAAGAUCAAUGGCGGAGAGAAGCGACCUGCCUCUGACAUGGGGAAAAAACCAAAAACUCCCAAAAAGAAGAAGAAGAAGGACCCUAACGAGCCCCAGAAGCCUGUGUCUGCCUAUGCGUUGUUCUUUCGUGAUACUCAGGCUGCCAUCAAGGGCCAGAAUCCAAAUGCUACCUUUGGUGAAGUCUCUAAAAUUGUGGCUUCAAUGUGGGAUGGAUUAGGAGAAGAGCAAAAACAGGUCUAUAAAAAGAAAACCGAGGCUGCAAAGAAGGAGUACCUGAAGCAGCUAGCAGCAUACAGAGCCAGCCUUGUAUCCAAGAGCUACAGUGAACCUGUUGAUGUGAAGACAUCUCAACCUCCUCAGCUGAUCAAUUCAAAGCCGUCAGUGUUCCAUGGGCCCAGCCAGGCCCACUCAGCUCUGUACCUAAGUUCCCACUAUCACCAACAACCAGGAAUGAACCCUCACCUUACUGCCAUGCACCCCAGUCUCCCCAGGAGCAUAGCCCCCAAGCCGAAUAACCAAAUGCCAGUGACUGUCUCUAUAGCAAACAUGGCCGUGUCCCCCCCUCCUCCCCUCCAGAUCAGUCCGCCUCUUCACCAGCAUCUCAACAUGCAGCAGCACCAGCCACUCAGCAUGCAGCAGCCCCUUGGGAACCAGCUCCCCAUGCAGGUCCAGUCUGCCUUACAUUCACCCACCAUGCAGCAGGGAUUUACUCUUCAACCUGAAUAUCAGACUAUAAUCAAUCCUACAUCUACAGCUGCACAAGCGGUCACCCAAGCAAUGGAGUAUGUGCGUUCCGGGUGCAGAAAUCCUCCCGCCCAGCCCGUGGACUGGAAUAACGACUACUGCAGUAGUGGGGGCAUGCAGAGGGACAAAGCACUGUACCUUACCUGAAAAUCUGAACACCUCUUCUUUCCACUGAGGAAUUCAGGGAAGUCUUUUCACCGUGGAUUGCUUUGUGCAGACAAGGCAGUUCUCCAUUUUAUUAGAAAAUACAAGUUGCUAAGCACUUAGGACCAUUUGAGCUUGUGGGUUACCCACUCUGGAAGAAAUAGUCAUGCUUCUUUAUUAUUUUUUUAAUCCUUUAUGGACGUUGUUUUUCUUCUUCCCUGAAGGAAAUUUGGACCAUUCAGAUUUUAUGUUGGUUUUUUGCUGUGAAGUGCUGCGCUAUAGUACCUGCCUUAGCAACUGUAGAUGUCUCGGAUAAAAGUCCUGGAUUUUCCAUUGGUUUUCAUAAUGGGUGUUUAUAUGAAACUACUAAAGACUUUUUAAAUGGCUUGAUGUAGCAGUCAUAGCAAGUUUGUAAAUAGCAUCUAUGUCACACUCUCCUAGAGUAUAAAAUGUGAAUGUUUUUGUAGCUAAAUUGUAAUUUGAAACUGGCUCAUUCCAGUUUAUUGAUUUCACAAUAGGGGUUCAAUUGGCAAACAUUCAUAUUUUUACUUCAUUUUUAAAACAACUGAUUAAUAGUUCUAUAUUUUCAAAAUGUUUGGAAAAAAAAGUAUUCCCAAAUGAUUUUAAUUUAAAAACAAAUUGGCUUUGUCUCAUUGAUCAGACAAAAGGAAACUAGUGGUAAGGGAAGCGCAAACACAUUUAUUUUGUACUGCAGAAAAAUUGCUUUUUUGUAUCACUUUUUUGUGUAAUGGUUGGUAAAUGUCAUUCAAGUCCUUUUAUGUAUAAAACUGCCAAAUGCUUACCUGAUAUUUUAUUAGAUGCAGAAACAGAUUGGGAACAGCUAAAUUAUAACCUUUACAUAUGGCUCUGUAUUAUUGUUUCUUCAUACUGUGUCUGUAUUUAAUCUUUUUUUAUGGAACCUGUUGCGCCUAUUUAUGAAAUAAUAAAUAUAGGUGUUUGUAAGUAAAUUUGUUAGUAUUUGAAAGAGAUUUCUUUGAUGUUUUAACUUUUGCUGGCAAAAAAAAAGUUCACGCUUGGUGUGAAGACUUUAUUAUUUAGUUUUUACAGUGACAUGAAUAAAGCCAAACCUA